ACCUAAACCAAUGGAUGGAUUUUAAUGAUCCUUUUUUAUUUUUAUUUUGGAUUUAUUCAUUUAUUUUUGUAUAGCCUAGAUUAAUUUAGAUUAAAACAAACUAUUAAAAGAAUAUUUAGCACAGUGACUUAAAACUCGCAUUUAUCUAACUUAAUUAUCAGAUUAAUAACUACUUGCUUUACAGCAGCUAACAUUACAUGCAUGCGCAAGGGUGUUUGGGAGACCGGCGCGCGCGAACUCUAAUCCACCUUUGAUGCUCUCGAGCUUCAAACUCUGCCUUAUUUUUGAUGGCAAGACUGAAUAAUGCCAGUCUAGCAUGGCUGUCUCUCCAACUUAUGCCACCCGUGGACCGACAUGGCAUUUAGCCGCGUCUUUUCGGACCCUCCGUCCAAGAGCAUCUUUAAGACCUUCGCGAUCAUGUUGCUGUCUAUCCUCGCGUCCUUAUACUUUCUCCACUGCCUCACGGAGCGAUGCGGGACCUGCAUGCCCACGGAGAGAAGAGACGCGGGUCCUGCGGAGGGAUUUUACGCCAUGAAGCUUAAAGAUUUUGGGUCUGUGAGGAGAAAAAGACUUCUGCAGAAAAGGACUUCCACGAGACCUUUGGUGAUGAGGCACCACAGCUUGCACCAAAGUGUCAGUGCGGAGGAUUUACCUGAAAUUGAGGCAGAUAAGCGCAUGUUUCUGUCACGCGUAAAGCUGUCGAACUCUUUGAAUGUGGAUUUGGAGACUGGAGGAUCGUAUUUUGAUACAGGUAAACUGAGCUCGUUAGGUGAGGGCAGCAAGAAGCUUCCUCAGGCGAUCAUCAUCGGCGUGAAAAAAGGCGGGACGCGCGCACUGCUGGAGUUUCUGCGCGUGCAUCCAGAUAUACGCGCGGUCGGAGCGGAGCCGCACUUCUUUGACCGGAAUUAUGAGAACGGACUGGACUGGUACAGGGACCUGAUGCCGAAGACCCUGGAGGGCCAGAUCACCAUGGAGAAAACACCAAGCUACUUUGUCACUCGAGAAGCUCCGUCCAGGAUCUACGCCAUGUCCCGUGACACCAAGCUGAUAGUGGUUGUCCGGGACCCCGUCACAAGAGCCAUCUCUGAUUACACACAAACUCUGUCUAAGAAGCCUGACAUUCCUACUUUUGAGAGCCUGACAUUCAAAAACAGGACUACAGGGUUGAUUGACACAUCGUGGAGCGCCAUUCAGAUCGGCAUCUACGCCAAACACCUGGACAACUGGCUGCAGUUCUUUCCCAUGAGCCAGAUCCUGUUUGUGAGUGGAGAGAGGCUGAUCAGCGACCCGGCCGGAGAGCUGGGCCGCGUUCAGGACUUCUUAGGCCUGAAGAGGAUCAUCACAGACAAACACUUCUACUUCAACCAGACCAAGGGCUUCCCUUGUCUCAAAAAGGCAGAGGGCAGCAGCAAACCCCAUUGCCUGGGUAAAACCAAAGGGCGAACCCAUCCAAACAUUGACCCGGAGAUCGUGCAGAGACUUCGAGACUUCUACAAGCCUUUCAACAUGAAGUUCUAUCAGAUGACAGGCAGGAAAUUUGGUUGGGAUGACUAACAGUAGACUAUGAGAUAGACCCUGAAUGUCGGGAGAAACAACCUUACUGUGACCUCACCAGCAACAACUUGAUAACAGUUCUUGUCUCCAAGAAAGAGUGGUCCAAUCUGACUGUGGAAAGUUACAAAAGCGCCCACAUUCAACUCAAGUUUGGCACAGAACACUUCGAGCAGAUGUAGAAAUCAAAUGUAAAUGUGUUCACACUGCCAUUACGGUUCCAGAACUUAGUUAGAUUCCAGAUUUAAAGGUGACAAUGCAACUCCUUACAUUUUGAUAAAGCAGAUGAAAAGAAGGUCAGAUGUUACCUUUGUUGACAUUAAUUCUUGUGUUACCCAAUCAGGAAUUGGCCAUUUUUUGACAUUUAAACAGCAAUACCACAAAAGGACCUACAAGAGACAGCCGAUUUGAAUGGUAUCACUCGAUUGAAUUGGUUAUGAUUGGUUAUCAGCUGACGGAUUUUGACCAAUAGGGGCCUUCUGCACCUACUACUAGGCUCAGAAGUCUGUUAUCAUCCAUUCACAAGGUUAAUCA